AUGUCCUUUGUAGAAGAAAUUCAAUCUGUUGCAGGUAGUUGCAAAUGUGUUAACGUACUAUUAUGGUGCGUAUUUGGGUUCGGUGUCUUAAAGUUAACUACUUUAAUUCUACGUACCCUUGCAAUGAUGUUCGAUUUAUUCAUUCUUCCAUCCGUCAACUACUCAAAAUAUGGUGCUGGGAAAGGUAACUACUGUGUUGUUACUGGUGCUAGUGAUGGUAUCGGUAAGGAAUAUGCUAGACAAAUGGCCCAACGUGGUUUUAAUUUGAUCCUAAUAUCUAGAACUCUAAGUAAAUUAGAAAGUAUUAAGACUCAAUUCGAAGGACAAUAUAAAAUUAAGGUUGAAGUUUUAGCUAUGGAUAUCUCUGCUGAUGAAAGUUCAAACUACGAACAAAUUAAGAACUUAUGUCAAAACUUACCUAUUACAGUCUUGAUUAAUAACGUUGGUCAAUCACAUUCCAUUCCAGUGCCAUUUUUAGAAACCAAAGAAGAUGAAUUGAGAAAUAUUAUCACAAUUAAUAACACUGCUACUCUUUUAAUUACACAAAUUAUUGCACCAAUAAUUAAGGAUACUGUUAAGGACAAGAAAUCGUCUCGUGGUUUAAUUUUGACGAUGGGUUCCUUCGGUGGUUUAAUUCCAACACCUUUAUUAGCUACUUACAGUGGUUCUAAGGCUUUCCUACAAAACUGGUCUACUGCACUUGCAGGCGAACUCUCUGGCGAUAAGAUUGAUGUUGAGCUAGUGCUAUCUUAUUUGGUUACUAGUGCCAUGUCUAAAAUUAGAAGAACCUCGAUGAUGAUUCCAAACCCAAAACAAUUUGUUUCAGCCACUUUAAAGAGCGUUGGGAGACGUUGUGGUGCCCAAGAAAGAUACGCUACAGUUACUCCAUUCUGGUCUCAUGCCGUAUAUGAGUUUGUAAUUGAUGAAACUUUUGGUGUUUACUCCAAGAUUGUCAACACUAUCAAUCACUCCUUCCACAGAUCUAUCAGAAUUAGAGCUUUAAAGAAGGCUGCUAGAAAGGCUAACAAGUAG